UCGGUCCGCCUUGUGGUCGUGGGGUCAGCGCUGACGAACUAUAAACGGAGAGAUUUCACGGACUGAACAUCUUACGACGUUCGGGAGAGAGAAAAGAAAGGGAGAAGAAAAGUAAUAAUAACAAAUUAACUAACUAACAAGAUCCACUUCUGGAAAUGUGUUCUUAUCUGAGAUAAUAUCACAAAAAAGUUAUUUUACAAUAAUUAUCGAUCAGUGAGAAAGCCGAGCCCAAGAAACCCCAGGAAAAAGGACCCACAAUGUUACGACUGUUGACUUUAGUGUCGCUGGCGUGUGUCGCCUUGGCCGACGACGGCGAGAUAAUGAAAGUGCCCACGUACCUCAUGAACUACAUCCUGGGCUGCAAGAGGCAAUCGAUCGAGAGCGGCUACGAAGUCCCUGUUUAUCAGACGAACAUCAAGCAGUCGGGGACGUCGCAGCACGUGAGUCUCCUGGACUUGGAUGAGCUCGAGGAGUCGCUGAGGGAGGCGGUGCACAACGAGGCGGUGGUGACGCACGUCUUGAGCCAGGUGAACGACGCGGUCAGGACGGCCACCGACAACCCGAAGUCAAGGUCCGACUGCUCGGUCGAGAACCACAUCCAGAUCGCCAUUCCCCCGCAGGAGCUAGACGAGUUCAACGACCGCGUGCAGAUGCUCAUUCAGCAGAACAGUUUCCUUCUUCUGGAGCAGAUGAACACGCUCUUCGCCUUCAAACUGCGCUCGCUGAAGAGUGACUUGGAGAAGGUGAUUAAGCGGAGGUACAACGCCCUCGAGAGCAAGUUGGACUUGAUAAUGGGAGCGCUCGGCGUCGAAAUGCCCGAGGAACCCAAGCCAACUACCGACGACGACAACCCCGCAACUGAUAUGCCGGAUACCAACACCGACUCCGUGUUCCCGAGCCUGGCCUCCAGCCCAGAGCCCGAGGUGGUAACCGACCCCUUCCCGGAGCCCGAACCGACGGUACAACCGGUUCUCGAACCCAUUGCAGAACCGACGUCUCGACCAGAUGCCGACGACGACUUAGACUUCACGGAGCGACCUGACGAAGAGUCGAGUGACGAAACCACCGAAGACACAGGGUCCUCGAGUGGCUUCAUCAGGACGCCACAGCAGCCGGCCUCGGUGGUGACUCAGAGCGGCUUCGGCUUCAUGCGUCCCCUCGUGUCCCGCCCCUUCAUGCGCCGGAAGGUCCAACGCCCCAGCACCUUCUGGCGCGACCGCUUGGAAUCGCAUCGGGUAUCUAAGCGAUCGACCCACAGCGCGUGAAAAGACCACCACGGAACGGAGCAAAACCCGCCACGGCCGAGGAUAUUCUCAGACGUGAAUGGCAAAUGGAAUAUUAAACGUUCUUUUGUUUUUUUUUUCCUGGCAUUUAAACGUGUAUCUGGGAUUAUAGAUGCUGAUGCACAUGUAUAGGGGAUCACAGAUGCUCUUUUGCUUUCCUGGCUGUACAUGUAUGGGGGAAUAUGGAUGUUCCUUUGUUUUCCUGGCAUGUGAUGUAAUUUUUUUUUAAAGGAUAUUAGUAUCUUCGAUAAUAUCACAGGAUUAAAAAGUUAUAGGUGGUGUUAUGGGGAAUAUGUUUAAAACGGAAAGCUGUGCGGUCAUAGGGAUUUAGUGAUGUUCUUUUGUUACUCGGUUGCUUUCUUGCCUGAUUUUAGAUAUCUAUAGUCCUCUGGAUGUUUAUUGUGCUUCAAAAUGCUGUAAUAUUUUUUUAUGCUAGGGGAUGAAAAUACACGCAGAAAAAAUGAUCAUCUGUUAACAGAGUAUUUUAGAUGCUCAUUUGUUUCUUUUUCAGUUAACUUACUUCCUCAUGUUCUAUAUAGAUAUUGGAAGGCCUUCUCUCUAGUUAUAAACGAGGUGUAUGUAUAAUGUGUAAAAAAAAAAAUAGAUUAUAUCGACGAAGGCUGUGAGAAAAGAACAAUAAGAGGAAACAUAAGUAUACAGAUAUAUGUAUUAUAAAUACACAUUAUACUUACACGCAUACAUACUGGGCAUUCAUAUGUACAAUAUGUCUGUAUUCUUGUAUCGAUGAGGUUUCAUAAAUACAGUCCUCACUCUAUGUAUUGAUUAUAAAUAAAAUGUUCUAAAUAUA